AUGACUGGAAAAAUUGAACGAGAAAAAUCUGGGAACAGAAGAGAAGCAGAUAAAAUAGAAAGAACAAGGCGAAAAGAAACGGAAGAAGAGCGAAAAAUUAGAAAAGAAAAGGAGAGAAAAUCAAGACCAAAGGAGACAGAGGAAGAGCGAGAAAAACGAAAACGACGCGAAGCUCGAGAAAAGCGCGCGAAGGAAACUCCUGAAGAAAGAGCGAAGCGAAAACAGCGCGAAAAGGAAAAAGAGACUCCAGAAGAAAGGGCGAAGCGGAAACAAAAAGAGCGAAGAAAAGAAGAGAAAGAUCUAGCGCUGAAAAAGUCAAAUUCAAAGCGAGAAAGAAGCGAAAACAAUUUGGAACGAAAAAAAUCUUCGAAAGCUCGAGAAAGCUCGAAAAAAUCAAGCGGUGGCGAAGCUGGGUACUUGAAAUCGACCACUGCUAGAAAAUUAAAAGACGAGGAAAAAAUCAUCAACGAGGAUCCUUACAAAGACGAGGAAUUUGCGACUUUUGAGCCAGAUCGAGAUUCUUCUGGAGAUGAAAUUUAUGAAGAAGAUUUUGACGAAAUCUACGACGAUGAUUUUGAAGACGUCGAGUUUGAGACCAAAGCUGAACAAGAAGAGAGGCUGGAAAGAGAAGAAAGGAGAAAAGAUGAAGGGAAGGAAAAGAAGGAGAACAAAAAUCCGAGUCCUGAAGAGGACUGGGAAGCUAUUCAGAACGCGAUAAAUAGAGAAAACUCACAGGUAGCUUUGAAGUCAGAAAAAUCGACGGAUCUCUUUGAAAACCUGCGCGAAAUCAACGUCAAUAUCCAGAAAGAAAAUGUUCCAGCGAAAAAGUCCGAAUCGCUCUUUUCUAUCAAUUCGGAAAAGCGACGAAAUCGAGGAUCCGGAGCCGGCUGGAAACGAGCAAAAGAACUACAAAAAUUAGUGACGCUGGAUUUGAGCUCAGAAAUUUACUUCAGGUCGUUUCCUGAGUCGGACUACACUCGCUUUAUGCGAAACAUAGGCGCAAAUCGAUUGAAAAACAUCGCCAUCGGGACAGAUGAAAACUUCAUAAACCAAGAAACGCAAACAACCUCGAUUCACCACUCCGACAUUUGGACACAAAAUCUUGAAUCUGCUGUCACCAUCGAAGGAUCUGCUUCUCAGAAGACCUUCUCUUUGCCCGGUGGGAGAAUAAAUCCGGAAAAGUUCGAGCGAUCGGCUCAGUUGGUCGAACAUUUGCUCGAGGAAAUUGAUGAAGAAAUCGCGCAUGAAAGUUUUUCCCGGUCGCCGAAUACGGGAAUACGUUUUCCAGAGCCCGAAGCAAUCGAUAUGGACACCGAUUGGAUAAAAACCACGAUCUUAACGAAAACAGAAGUAAAACUCUUUAACCUCCGCGAUCCCUCCACCCCAAUUUGGUCUAUGCCGAUUUCUGGUCGAAAAGUUCGCAUAUGGCGAAGUCUUGUUUUUGUCGGCACUACUUUUGGUUCAAUCCUUGUCGUUUUUCCUGACAAGAGUGUUUUUACCACUGAUUUGGUCGCGAAGGGACACCGGGCAAGCAUUUCGGACAUGGUUAUGGAAGGAGAUGAGUUGUUUACUGCAGAUGUGCAUGGAGGAAUUCGACUUUGGCGGCUGAAUGAAGAAGGGAAGGAGCUACAAUUACAGAAGUCCAUCGACAUCGACAGCGAUAUUUCCGCAAUCGCCAUCGAUAGCUCCCGCAUAUUCAUCGCUACUUUCUCCAAAAUCGUCAUUAUUUCUCGUACCAAUCUCUCCAAACGACUCGGUAUCAUUCCAGUAACUAUUCCAGCUGAGAAACUACUUACUGACACGAAAGCCAGCGUUCUUAUCGCUCAAAACUUCGGCGAGAUCAAUAUCUACGACUUGAAGAGCUUACGAGAGGUUCAUACUGUAGGCCAAUCGCCUAGAGGCUGUUGCGCCGAUAACGGAACGCUUAUUUACUCGACAGAAUCAGACCUGUUCCAGCUCGACUUGUCCCGGCCGCUGAAUUCAUCAGCACUGGGAAUCAAAGGAUGCUCAGAUUUGCGCUUCUCGCAAUCGUCCAAAUCCGGACUCCUCUUACUCGCCGCCACUGCGCAAGGCGUUUCCGUGUACAAUUUAUCGCCCAGUUAG